GCCGGCGUGUUGUUAUACAUCUUCAGUGUACCAAACCCAGAAAAUUGGGCAGAUUUUCAUAGACAUCUUCAGGAUACCUACUUGGGCUGAUUUCGUUGCGGUGCUGCUUGUUUUGUGAAGGACAUGGCUAUUGAUACAAACGAGGCAUUCCUCUUGAUCUUGGUUCUGCUUCUACUCUUCAGAGAAUGCUUCACCGUUGUAGAUGAUACCCUUUCGAUGGGUGAGUCACUCUCAGCGUUGACUGUCGACAGGCUAUCAUCUCAAAAUGACAAAUUUGAACUCGGAUAUUUCAAACGAGGUACUUCUUCAAAAAUCUACCUGGGGAUUUGGUACAAAGGGAUAGAAGACAAGAGGAUUGUUUGGGUAGCAAACAGAGAAAACCAUUUGUCUGACCAAUAUACUGCAAGACUCGAAUUCUCAAAUGACGGCAAUCUUGUCCUUCUGCAAGCUUCCUCCAAGAUACCAUUUUGGUCAACAAAUUUGACGCAUCUCCCGUCAAAUUCAAUUGAAGCAGCACUUCUUGAUGAUGGAAAUUUUGUUUUAAGAGACAGAUCAAACCUUUCUAUAUUAUGGGAGAGUUUCAAUCAUCCAACUGAUACAUGGCUGCCAGGUGUAAAAGUAGGAACGAAUCAGCUUAUUUCAUGGAAAAAUUCAGAAGAUCCAUCACCGGGUGUGUUCUCGUUCGGUCUAGACCCAAAUGGAGUCGUUCAAUUUAUCUUAGAGUGGAACAACUCCCAUGUUUAUUGGAGCAGUGAAGUCUUCAACAAUUCAUAUUUGUUCUGCAAAAUUAACAUAAAUUUGGAAAAUGAAACCUACAUUAAUUGUCCUAAUCUUAUUCUUUCGAUUAGUUCUAUCGGACAGAUCAUGGGAAUUGGGUUGCAGUUGGGGAACGAGUCGUGGACUCAACCGAGAUCACUAUCAAAUGUCUAUGCAUUGUGUGGUGCAUUUGGUAUUUAUAACAAUAACUCAUCUAACCCUUGUGAUUGUCCGAAAGGGUUUGAACCAUUUUCAGAUACCGAGACCAGACUAAACGAUUGGUCAGGUGGUUGUCUGAGGAAACACCCUUUGCAAUGUGAAAACCGUAUUGGCCAAAAAGAUUGGUUCCUGAAAAUAUCAAACGCGAUAUUGCCUGUUAACUCGAAAGCAUAUUCGCAACUAAGUGCUAGGAGAUCAUGCAAGAAAUGGGAAGUAUGGGUGAUUGUGGCCUUGCCGAUCCUUGUAAUCGUGCUAAUCUUAUGCCUCUCAGUUGGUUUCUCAAGCAAGGGAAAGCUCAAAUGCAAAGGAGAUGUGGCUUCAAGCUAUGAUCUACUGUUAUUUGAUUUUAGUACUGAACUUCAUGCAAUCAAUGAUAAAACAAACACAAAAGAUAAUGCUACAAAAAGUGGAAAGAAAGAUGUUGAGUUACCGCAAUUUAGUUAUGAGAGUGUAUCAGCUGCAACCAAUAAUUUCUCAAAUGCCAAUAAGCUUGGAGAAGGAGGGUUUGGACCUGUUUACAAGGGGAAGUCACUUAAUGGGCAAGAAAUUGCAGUUAAAAUUCUUUCAAAAAGCUCUACACAAGGGCUUGACGAAUUCAUGAAUGAGACAACACUAAUCGCAAAGCUCCAGCACGGAAACCUAGUCAGACUCUUGGGUUCCUGUAUGGAAGGAGAUAAAAAAAUUCUAAUAUACGAGUACAUGCCGAACAAAAGUUUGGAUUUCUACCUUUUUGAUCCAACCAAGAAAACGAUGCUAGAUUGGGAGACACGCAUACACAUUAUUAAUGGGAUUGCUCAAGGACUGCUUUAUCUUCAUCAGUAUUCAAGGUUAAGAAUCAUACAUAGAGAUAUGAAGCCCAGUAACAUUCUCUUGGAUGGUGAAAUGAACCCGAAAAUAUCAGAUUUUGGCAUGGCUCGAAUAGUUGGGGAUAACGAAGCACAAGCAAAUACAAACAAAGUUGUUGGAACUUAUGGCUACAUGUCGCCCGAAUAUGUUAUGGAGGGUCUAUACUCGAUAAAGUCUGAUGUGUUUAGCUUUGGAGUAUUGCUACUAGAGAUUGUGAGUGGCGAGAAGAAUACAGGCUUCUAUAACAGAGAGUCACUCAACCUUCUUAGCCAUGCUUGGGAGUUGUGGAAAGAUGAACAAAGUUUGGAGUUGAUGGAUUCAAUGAUAGGGCGUCCUUCUUGCGAGUCUACCAUAGUGAGAUUAAUUAACAUCGGGCUACUUUGCGUUGAAGAAUCCCCAUCUGAUCGACCUACCAUGUUUGAUGUGGUUUCAAUGAUGAGCAAUGAACAUGCACAUCUACCUAUACCGAACCAACCUGCCUUUACAACAUGUCGGAAUUUAAUGCACUCGAAUCCAAAAAUUAAUUGUGCAGAAAAUUGCUCAAUAAAUAGUGUAACUAUUUCAGUGAUGGAAGCUAGAUGAGUCUACUCUUUUGCUUAACAGAAUUUUUUUGUCUAUUUUUUUUUUUUCAAGAGCUAUUGUUUUUAUUUAAAAUUUAUGAUCAUUGUUCUGUUACGUACUGAUUAACGACCCUCAUCCUAUUAAACCCCAACUUUUGUUU